UUCAAAUUGAAUAGAGGAAAGUUGGAAAAAUACAGUCGUUUAUCCAGAAGCAUCCAAUAAGGAGAAUAUUUUCUUUUCAUUUUCCUUUUCGCCGGCAUUUGUUUGGUGUGAGUUUGGUUUUGUCACCCGCUUACCUGGAAGGCCCCCCAGCCAUUUGAACCAACACGGUGCACCCAGCCGCCUUACCAUGAGUAUCAUUUUUUGAAGAGUGGGCCCUACAGCUUGUUCAGGCGGUGACAAAAAGGGGAAAACACGACAGCAACCCCUGCUGUCGUUCCAAACACCAAGCCCAAUCCGAUGUUUUGCUCCAUCAAACGCAGAGCGACUGGGUCGGCAAAACCGCUCCUUGAAACAAGUGCCAGCGACUCCGGGGACGGGUUCUUUGCUGUCUGUGCGGCCCCGUGCUCGCGAACAUCUCGUGAUGUAUUUGUUCGGCCCUCUGCCCGCCUGGGGAGAUGCUAGAGCGGGCGUUAUAAAACAUAGUUGAAUUCGCACCUUCAAAAGACUGUGACCAGUUGUUUCUUGCUAGCUUCCGGGGUUCUUUUCGUUCGACAACGCAACCUGUGGUGACUCACCAGACGAGCAACAAACCAAACCGCAUGGGCGUGAGUUCUCUAGUCAUAUCUGUCUAGCCUCGCCCAGGCUGCUCAAAUCCACCAUGCGCCAAGAUCGAGGCUUCACGUCCCUUUCGUGGCUCCUACUCCUCUCGGGCGUUCCUGCCGCGGUCGGGGAUACAACGACAGGAAGUCGGACCCUGGCCGUGGGUGCCAAUGUCUGCGCCAUGAGCCCCUUGCUCGCCGCCGCUCCCGCCUUUUGUGAGGUCGGACCCGAGAUGAAGGGCCCCGAGCCUAGCACCGCUGCGCCAACCAAGGCGAACGACACGCAGCAGCAGCAGCAGCAGCAGCAGCGGGAGUGGCAGCAGCAGCGGGAGCGGCAGCAGCAGUCCGUGGACAUGUCGUGGCGGGGGCCUCACUUUUGCGUCGCCGACAUGUGCGUCUACUCCAACCCGUCCUUCUCGCACGGCCGCGGCGUCGUCGUGGUCGGGACCGCGAGGGGCGCCGAGGCCGUCGCCAACGCCCUCGACGCCGCGCAGCAGCAGCAGCAGCAGCCGGCGCCUCCGCACGAGCCAGCCGCGCCGUUUGAGCAAAAGGAGAUCCCGGGCAAGGGCCUGGGCCUCGUGGCCGCGCGCCCGAUCCGCCGCGGCGAGCCCAUCAUGGCUCGCCCCCCGGUGCUUGUGGUCCACCAGGACGCCAUAGGGAUGGAGGCCGAGGCGGCGCAGCUGCGGCUGUACGACGCCGCCAUGGCCCAUCUGCCCCGGGGUACCGCCGAGGACUUUUUGUCACAGGCCGCGCAGUCCGCGACCGAGGAGAGGGGGCGCAAGGUCAAGGACGUCAUGGACACCAACUCGUUCAACGCGGCCGCGGGGGGCCACCCGCACGUGGCAAGCUAUCUCGACGUGUCGAGGCUGAAUCACGACUGCCGACCAAACCUGGUCUUCCACGUCUCCCCGUCGCUGAGCCACACGACGUACGCGGUGCGCGACAUCGCCGCGGGGGAGGAGCUGACCAUCUCGUACCUCGACCCCUUCCGCGCGCGCGAGGUGCGCCGGGCCCGCGCCGAGCGCAGCUGGGGCUUCGCCUGCGCCUGCUCGCAGUGCGCCCUGGCCCCGGCCCUCGCCGCCGAGUCCGACGGCCGCCUGUGGGACAUCUACCAGCUCGAGUCGCGGCUCAGGGACUGGCCGCUGGCGUCGUCGUCUUCGGCGUCGUCUUCGGCCCGGGAGGCGACACAGGGCAGCAAGGGGGACACGCCUCUAGGACCGGAUAGUGCACAGGCGCUGCUGAGACUGUACGCGGAGGAGCGCCUCGACUGCGCGCUAGGCGACGCGUACGCUCUCGCCGCGCUGAACUACAAUGCUUUUGGCGACGCCGAGGCUGCGGUCAAAUACGCUAGGCCGGCCGUCGAGGCUGGCACUAUGGAGCAUGGCGAGCACGGCCACGAUGUGCAAGACAUGAAGAACCUGCUAGGUGGCCCAGAAAAGCAUUGGAGCUGGAGGCAGCGUGUGCUCGAGUAGGAGGAUAUUUAUCACGAAAAUUAAAGAUGGGGCAAAAUAGGUAUCAUUGUUUGAGCUAUCAUGCCAGCAGACCAGAAGCUGGCUUUCAUUCCUCUGUCCGGGUCGCAUCGGCACCCCCUUUGGCCUCCUCACUCCCACUGCUCCAGUAGGCCAACCUUCCAACCUUGAAACAUGCGGUCGUCUACAGGAAGGAUGGCGUUGCUGCGAUCAAGCAUCUCGAUGACGGAGCCUAGAGACUCAUCCGGGAUGCUCACGUCCUGGGUGUCCGAGUUCAUCGACUCCAUGACUUUGGUGGCAUCCUCCUCGGUGAUGACCUUGUAGAGCAGCUUGAUGGCCAACACAUUACUGCCAGAAUAUGCAGUGGACGUGAAACGAAUGGUGCUGUUCAGUAUCCAGAGGCUUAAUGCUUUGCCUGACGUUAGAAUCUGGCCCCCCUUCCCUACCACCAGUCCCGUCAUUGGCACAACCAAAGGUUUGGAUGACCCCGACCGGGCGAUUGUGGACAGCAGCAUUGCUGCGAGGCAUUGACCCAUGGAGGGUGAUGCGGGGGCCACGUCCACUUCAGGCUCUUCUUGUAUAAGCACCCGCCACUUCAAGAGUGUCACAGCUGACGUCCCAAAGCUGUAGUAGCC